UUACAUAAUAAAAUAACAUACCUAAAUAAUAGAGAAUAAUAUUGUGUAAAACAAAAUCGGUUAAGUAAUUCUAGGAUAAUGAUAUUGCGAAAGUAAUUGCAGAGAGUACAGAGAAAUGAAUCACCGUGUUCUCGAAAUAAACCAAAACAAAUAUAAAAUAAUAAACUACAAAGAUUGGAGUUCAACAGAUCUGCACAUUUUCUGUCAACGAUCUCCAUAAACGUUAACAUCGAAGCAGAAACAAUGUUAAAUGAAAUUGUACUUCAUGUUACAUUCAAUUCCCGAGAUUCAUGAUUGUUAUAAAUGCAUAAAUAAAAAUCCGCAGUAUACUGAUAACGAGUUUACAGCAGUGGUAAACCUUGUAGCAACCGGUUUGCCAGUUUCUCUUUUGUGGCCAGUACUUCGUUGCCUUCCAGCCUGGAAUGUUGUUCAGUUCAGAUGCGAAGCUUUGUUAAAGUCUUGUAUUACAGUCGCACUGUUUCCCUGAAAAUCGUUGAAUAUUGUUUCGCAUCGCACGGAUUUGUUAUUGUUAUAAAAGGAAUUGUUAUGUGUUUGGGGGACAAUUAAAAGUGGCGCAACAUGCUCCUAUAUUGGUACUGCCGCCAGAAAAAUGUGACGAUCGUAAGCGGUUAAAAACUUCGAAGUACAUUGAUAAUAGCAAAAUUCGUGCUCCUGCGUCUGAAUUCACAAAAGUCUAAAAUUGAUUGCUGCAAGGAUGCGUCUCCACAUCCUUAGCUUAUUGUUAUUCACAAGCGUGUUAGUCGUGAAGAAAGCUUCGGCCCAUGGCAGACUGAUAGAACCUCCCUCGAGAGCCUCGAUGUGGAGGUACGGUUUCGACACGCCGCACGAUUACAACGAUCACGAAUGUUACUGUGGCGGAUUCACCAGGCAGUGGCAACGAAAUAAAGGAAAGUGCGGAAUCUGCGGAGACGCUUGGGACACGCCGGAGCCACGUAUGCACGAGAACGGUGGGAAAUACGGAAACAAUGUGAUAGUGAGGAAGUAUCGGACUGGUUCUGUGAUACCAGUCCGAGUGCAACUCACUGCGAACCAUCAUGGUUACUUCGAAUUUCGUACGUGCGCGAUGGUCGCCAAGGGAAAGGAAGUCACUCAGGAAUGUUUGGACAAAUACCUAUUGCAGUCGGAGAACGGAUCGGUCAGAUAUUAUCCGGGACCAGGGAAUAAGAUUUUCGAGGCAUUCUACAAAUUGCCGGAUGACCUGACUUGUGCCCAAUGCGUCUUUCAGUGGAGAUACAUAGCUGGGAAUAAUUGGGGCGACUGUGGAAAUGGAACAGGAGCUGUAGGGUGUGGUCCCCAAGAAGAAUUCCGUUCUUGUGCCGAUAUUACUAUCGGUGACCAUGUGAAACCAUUGCCACCGAGACCGCCUACAGAACCGCCUACUGCAUCGGUUCCUGGCGAAAAGUCACCAACAGAGCCAACUUUGGUGCCAAAGUCGUCGGGACCGUUCUGGUUAUUCAGUAUCGUUAUCGCUGGUACGUGCCUCCUGGUUGUGCUGGCGGCUAUGGCAUUGCUUUACUCGUAUUACUAUCACGCUGGCAGAGCCAAAAAAUGGCUGAUGACCAGUCGGUUGUUGGCACCUGACAGUCCGCCUGUCGCCCCACCGAGGCAUAAAAAGCACAACACGUACAAUGCACCAUUACAAUUGUAAAAAUAGCAUUUAUACUUCACGUAGGAUAAGUGUAAGCAAAAAAACGAAGGAGAUUAUAUGUGACUUUGUGAUAAAGAUUUUGCGAAAACUGUAUUUAAAAAAUAUUUUACAGUGCCUCUUCUGCUAAUUGGUAGAUUAACAUUCGUACGAUAAAUUGGUACUUGUAUUGAAAGAGAAACGAGCGGUUACACUGACUUGUUAUUGCGUUUACGCGAACUGAUAGUUCUCUGUUAUUUUUUAUGCAUUUAGAACUGUUCGGAGGUAUUCUUGUGUAUGCGUGUAAGUGCCUGUGUGCGUGGGAAAUAUUUGAUAACCCUAUGAUAUAUGUAUCUGUGAGAAA